GCGGUGCUGACGUGUCGCUCUCUGUGUGUCCCGGAUAUUUCUGGAUGGUUCUGAGGCCGCUUGCGCCAUGCUGGACUUUUUCAGCAUCUUCAGUAAGGGCGGUAUCGUGCUCUGGUGUUUCCAGGGAGUGAGCAGCCCCUUCAGCGGCACUGUCAAUGCGCUCAUUCGGAGCGUCAUCCUCCAGGAGAGAGGGGGAAAUAACUCAUUCACUCAUGAAGCCCUCACCCUUAAAUACAAAUUGGACAAUGAGUUUGAGUUGCUGUUUGUGGUGGGAUACCAAAAAAUCCUGACGCUAACGUAUGUAGACAAAUUUAUUGAUGAUAUCCACAUGCAGUUCCGGGAUAAAUAUAGGAACCAGUUACAACAACAAGGGGUGAUGGGCCUCCUCAAUGGUUCCUUUGACUUUUCAGAUGACUUCAGAGGCCUCCUGAGGGCUGCUGAGGAACGCACCAAAGGAAAAGCACCUUCUGUCAUGAAAACAUUUGAACAAUCUGAUAAAUCAAAGAAAACUGUGAAAUCUAUGAUAGAAAUCCGUGGAGAGAAGGGGAAGGAGAACAAGAAAAACAAGAAGGAUGCACCUGUACCCGAGGCACUUGCAGCAGAAAAGAAAACUGAAGUUCCGUUAAAGGCUUCUGUUACCGUGGCUGCAGGAGACACCAACCAAAAUGGUUUGACUCAGGAAGAAAUCAUCCAAAGGAAUAGGGAGGAAUUUUUUCGUAAAAGACUGGGGAAAGAGAAGAAAGAAAGCAGCAAAUCCCCUAAGCCAAUUAAACAGAAAACCCGUCGUAUUUGGCCUCCAGAUUCUAACAAAGCUAGCGCCAAAGAGCUUGACUACAGCAAGAAACUGGUCAACGGUCAAUCCAGCACCUUCAGCAAUGGAGAUGACACCAUUACAGAUAUGAAUUUUUAUCCUGGAUCAAUGGCAGGAGAUUUGAAAACUGUGGAUUAUGAGAGCUGUGAAGAGGAAGAUGAAGAAGAGGAAGUAAUUCAAGAAACUUCUAACACCAGUGUAAAGAAACGUGGAUUCGGUGGCAUGUUUGGAAUGCUGAAGGGCUUGGUUGGAUCUAAAAGCCUUACGCCCCAGGAUAUGGAACCUAUCCUUGACAAGAUGAAAGAUCACUUGAUUGCUAAAAAUGUUGCUGCGGACAUCACAGUCCAGCUGUGUGAAUCAGUGGCCAAAAAGCUAGAGGGCAAAGUCAUGGGAACCUUCAGCACGGUGACCUCAACAGUGAAGCAGGCUUUGCAGGAUUCCCUCGUCCAGAUCCUGCAGCCAAAGAGGCGCGUCGAUAUCUUGCGCGAUAUCAUCGAAGCUCAAAAACAAAGGCGUCCCUUCAUCGUUACUUUCUGCGGCGUGAACGGAGUUGGAAAAUCUACCAACCUCGCCAAGAUAACUUACUGGCUCAUGGAGAAUGGUUUUCGGGUUCUCAUUGCUGCUUGUGACACUUUCCGAGCUGGAGCUGUAGAGCAGCUCCGGACCCACACUCGCCGCCUGAACACCUUGCACCCACCUGAGGAGCACAGCGGCCAGAGUAUGGUCCAGCUCUUUGAACGGGGAUAUGGGAAGGAUGCUGCUGGCAUUGCAAUGGAAGCCAUCGCAUUUGCUCGAAAUCAAGGCUUUGAUGUGGUUCUGGUGGACACUGCAGGCCGAAUGCAGGACAACACCCCGUUAAUGACUGCUCUUGCCAAACUCAUCGCCAUUAAUGUGCCGGAUCUGGUGCUUUUUGUUGGUGAAGCAUUAGUUGGGAAUGAGGCUGUGGAUCAGUUGGUAAAGUUUAACCAGGCUCUGGCUGACCAUUCAAUGGCUGAAAAACCACGACUGAUUGAUGGCAUUGUGCUGACUAAAUUCGACACGAUUGAUGAUAAGGUUGGUGCUGCCAUUUCUAUGACUUACAUCACUGGCCAACCAAUAGUCUUUGUUGGAACUGGACAGACCUACAAUGAUCUGCGCAGCCUCAAUGCCAAGGCUGUUGUCAGUGCUCUGAUGAAGGCUUAAAUACCUGCUUUUCACUACUGUCUUAAUGCAAUCCAACUGCCACUGAAUUGUCCUCCUUCAACUCAUCCCUGAUUUCUCCCUGCAUAUUGGAGGAUUGCUGUUGAAUAUAUGUGGCAUUACCUGUUCAAAUUGCAACACUUCCAGCAUCGGUCUGCUGCAAACCCCUCCAACAAGCUUUCAAAAAAAAUACAUGGACAUACAGGAAAAUCUACCACCUCAUCACUGAUGGAGAAAAGAGAUCCACUGCUUUUCCUUUUAUAUAAAAAAACAAUGUCUUUUAAUUCUUAGUGCAAUAAACAUCAGUACUGGCUGCCUAUGAAUUAGAGAAAUUGUAAAGAGAAUUUAUUCAAUAAAGCUGCUAUCAUUGUCA